AUGGACGAACCCCCUAACGCAGUCGUUACUGCUGAGGGCAAGAUGCUCACUGCCUCAGCAACCGAAAACGCUGACCUGUACUGGGCUCUAAGUGGAGGUGGUGGUGGCACAUAUGCCGUCGUCCUUUCAAUGACCGUAAAAGCAUACCCAGCCAAGCAGGUCGGUGGUGCUGCUAUGCAACUCCUGGCGUCAUCUACCACUCCCGAGAAGUACGCCGCAGCAACUGCUAAGCUUCUCGAGCUCCUACCCGGCAUGAUCGAUGCCGGCGCCAUGGUCGUCUUUCUGGUCAGCACUCAGUACAUCGUAAUCAAGCCCGUCACUGUUUGGGACUCAACAGCCGCGUAUGUCAAGGACGUUGUACUUGCGCCUUAUGCCAAAGCUCUUACAGAUCUUGGCAUUACGCCGCCGAUUGUCUACAGCGAGUUGUCUUACCGCGACCACUUCGAUCGCUACAUGGGACCCCUCCCACGUGGAGCAUAUGAGGUCAACAGAUAUCAAUUCGGCGGCCGUCUUAUUCCCCGAGAUGUGGUGGAGAACAACACUGCAGAGCUUGUCAAGGUUUACCAAGAACUUGCUGCCGAAGGUGUCUUGCUUGCUGGUAGCUCGGCUAACUACCAAAAGCCUGAGGGAUCCGCCGACAACGGUGUACUACCAGCAUGGAGGAACGCCAUGAUUCAGCUGCAACUUAUCACGAACUGGGACUCCACCGCUCCUUGGGCCAACAUGGAAGCCGCCCAGCAGAAGAUGACCAAUGAGCUUAUGCCUAAGAUCGAAAAGAUCACACCGGGCAGUGGGUCGUACCUGAACGAAGCUGAUUUCCAGCAGCCAAACUGGCAGAGCACAUUCUUUGGUGAGAACUACGAGAAGCUGAAGGCCAUCAAGAAGAAGUACGACCCCAAGGACAUAUUCUACAUCCUCAAGGGUGUUGGUAGUGAAGCUUGGAACGUCAGCAAGGACGGACCCGCCAUCAUGUCUAAGAGCUGCGUAAUCUGCGGCACUGAGGAGAGCGAAGGCGAACUACUUCUCGAAGCACCCUGCGGUCGACAUUGGGUCUGCGCCGACGAUAUCGGAAAUUUCUUCGAGAACGCGACAAACGAUGAGAGCCUGUUCCCGCCACAGUGCUGCGGUACCAUGUUCAUGUUGGAAGACUAUGAGGAUUACGUGCCAUUCGAAACGGCGUGGGCAUAUCAAAUGAAGCAGCAGGGCGAGUAUUCCGUCUUAGCCAAAUUCCGCAUCUACUGCGCAAACCUAACUUGCGGGAAAUUCCUACAUUCCGGAUCGCAAGCCGAGGAUCCAGAGACCAAGAUCACAUACGCCAUCUGCGAGGCUGAAGGAUGCGGGAAGUUGACUUGCGUCAAGUGCAGGGCCUUGCUUGACCAGGGUACCCAGAACCAUGAGUGCCAACACAAUGAAGACGAAAAGAAGUUCAAGCAAACAGUCGAUGAGAAGGGCUACCAAGAGUGCUUCGUCUGCGGCACGACUGUAGAGUUGGCCGAGGCAUGCAAUCACAUCACCUGUAAAUGUGGUAACUCAUUCUGCUACGUCUGCGGAGAGAACUGGCCCGGUCUGCACGGCUGUCCGCAUUAUGGGCCCGCCGUCUACGACGAGGAGGGAUACAACCAGGACGGUUACCAUCGAGAUAGCGGUCUCAACCGAGAGGGUCUCACCCGUCGUCAAGAAAUGAUCCGUCGUCGUGAAGAAGACGACGAGGCGGAUGACGACGACGAUGAGGGCGAAGGUGAAGACGAUGAGGGCGAGGAUCCCGAAUGGGAAGUCCUGCAACACCUGACUCCUGAUCAGCGCGCCAUGAUCAACCAGCUUCCUCAUGGGCCCCGCGAAGAUGCCCUGGAUCAGUUUCGUAUUACACUGUUCGAGACCCAGGGCAUCACAUUCGAUCAGUUUGCCCCCCAACCUCCGCCCCCGCCCCCAGAAGAAUUUGGUGAUGAUGGCGAUGCUUGGGAAGAUGAACAGGAUGAGGCUGAUGAGAAUCGCGAGGGCCAGGACGAAGAUCUACUAUUUGAAGAUGCCCCGACUACACAGUUACCUACCGAUCCAGUAGAUGAGGAUGAGGUACCAGCCGACGCUAGGGUUGGACAAGAUCAGAUUGAUGUCCGAGAAAUCCAAGAGGACAUGGUACCUGUGGUUCUGCAUUCCGAUGAUGAGGACAACGUCGACCCUUGGCAUGGCUACGAAGGCGAACACAUCAUCACUAAGGAAGAAGGCAUCCAACAAGGUCGUUUUGUAGAUGACCAGUCCGAAGUUUUCGACUCCGAUACUGUUACCCCACCAGUAGAUCGCAACAGCGAGGGAACUAGCCAAGUGCAGCAAGUGCCCGCCAGUUUCCCUACGGACGGACCCUACACGAUCGUCGCUCGUGGUUUCGUCUCAGGCACGACUAUCAAUGACAUAGAGGCUGUCAUGAACCGUCACGGGGCGCAAGUAAUCGGGAGAAGGCUUAUGGGAAGCGAUCCAGUGAUUGUGCAACUGCAGUUGGCGACUCAGCAGAAUGCGGAGAACAUUAUUGCUACGUUCCAUAGGCGGGAAUUGGAUGGUCGGGUAUUGGACGUGAGAAUGGAAGACGAAGAUUUGUAG